AUGGAUCCAUUUGAAGUUCGAAUGCAAUUCAUCGUCCUCCUACAACGAUUAAGCGCGUCUCAACAGUCAAUACAGCGUGUAGUCAGUUACGCCGUAAAACACUUUUCUGCCUGCGGAGAGGAUAUCUGGGAAUGUAUUCUUGAAGACUGCGAAAAGGGCUCUAUAAACGCUCGAAUCAACAUCCUUUAUUUCCUGGACAGCCUCUGCGAACGAUGUCUGUUGAUAAAAUCUCACCAGCGGUCCCAGCCCCAUCCACAUCGUUCGGGGACGUCAUCCUCGUCGGCUAUACACCCAGGAGCAGCCGCGGAGAAGCAGAACAAUAACCUUUACGUGGAUUUCGUGACGAGGGACCUGGUGAAGAUUAUCGAGUAUGUCGUCCCAGAGGGUAGACAGGGUUUACCCAAUCUCGUCAGUACCAGACAGAUUCUAGAAAACUGGCGAACCAAACGCGUCCUAGACCCACAGAAAAUCGACGAAGCACUAUCCAUCCUCAACGAGCGCAGCCAGCUCCCGCCGCCAUCUACAACCGAGCCAGACGACGCUUCAACCAACCCCAGCUCAAAAUCCAAAUCCAAGGAUUCCUCGCCACAUAACAUGUCCAAGAACGACGUGUUCAAGCGGAUUGAAGAGGACAGGGAGCGGCAUAAACGGCUCAGGGAGCGGAGAUGGGUUCAGCCCAUCUCGUACGCAUCGUCAUCAUUCAAUCCGAAGCACAUGCCGUUGGCGUCGUUUUUACCGCUGACGACGACGAGCAAGACAUCUGCUGGGCAAGAUCAAGCAGCGCCAGAGUUUCCGGAGGAAGAGUUGCCCGUCGACAUCGAGUUCGAGAAUGAGUGGGAGACGACGAGUGAUUGGAAUGAGGACGACGAGGAGGUAGUGGCUGAAGAGAGGGAACUAUGUUUCCCGAGAGAGGGGGAGGAGCCCAUGGACCUGUCGUAG